AUGACCAAGCCGGUCACAUCCCGCUUGCCGGUGAGGGUACAACCCAACGCCUCGCGGACCGAGAUAUGCGGCUGGUACGGUGAUGCGCUACGGGUAAGGACGACCGCUCCCCCGGCCAGAGGCAAAGCCAACCGGGCGGUGGCGGAGGUACUGGCCCAUGCCCUGGACAUUCCUCCAAGCAACGUCAGCGUGGCGCGGGGCCACGGAUCCCGCGACAAGGUAAUGGAAAUUAUCGGGAUCGCCGAGCCGGAACUGCUGCGCCGCCUGGACGGGCUUUUGAGACCCGGAGAUGCGGCGACGACCGCCCGCUGA